AUGGUGGUAAGUGGAUAUGCAAGCUUAAUUAGCGUCAAUGGGCUGAAGAACGAGCAGCUUGGACGUCUCACCCACUACGCCUUCGACGCCGUCCUCAUCUCUGCUUUCCUUGCCGGAAUCAAGAGAAGCACAGGUCUCACACCAACCAGCGUCAAAGCCUCUUCUAUCGGCGAGUCCAAAGAAAUCCAGACAUGGGUUGAUCGAUAUCUCGGAGUGGGAGAAUGGGUGAUGGAUCAAUCAGUGGCAAUCAUGGGCAGCAGCGGUUGGUUUGAACGAAGGCGAUGA